AUGCCCCCGGUGCAGGGAGGGGCAUGCCUGGAUGAGGAGCUAAGGGACCAGCCGGCUCCUGCUCCUGGCCCCCCCGGGGCCCCAGGUGGGCAGGCCUCACCUCACCUGACCCUGGGCCCCGUGAUCCUGCCGCCACCGCCAGAGCAAGGCCUGGCCCCCACCGUGUUCCUGAAGGCCCUGCCCGUCCCGCUGCACCACACAGUGCCCCCCGGGGGCCUCCAGCCACGUGCCCCCCUGGUGACCGGCGGCCUGGACGGGGCCAGCGUGCCCUUCAUCCUCAGCCCCCUGCUGCAGCCUGAGGGGUCCGGCCCCGCCCCGGUGGCGGGGAAGCCGACGCUGGCUGUGAGCAUCGUGGGCGCCCUGCCGGUGCUGUCCCCGGGCCUGGGGCCCGCGCUGGGCAGCCCGGGGCGGGUGCGCGGCGCUGGCCGGUACCUGUGCCCGCACUGCGGCCGGGACUGCCUGAAGCCCAGCGUCCUGGAGAAGCACGUCCGCUCCCACACGGGGGAGAGACCCUUCCCCUGCGCCACCUGCGGCGUCGCCUUCAAGACCCAGAGCAACCUGUACAAGCACCGGCGCACCCAGACGCACCUCAACAACUCCCGCCUGUCCGCAGAGUCCGACGGUGCGGGGGGCGGCCUCCCGGAGGGGGCAGGCAAGGCCGGGGGGCCCUCCGCAGCAGACAGACAUGGGGACACCUGGAGCCAGAGGGCGGGUGCUGGGGUGGCCCCGGGGACGGCCCUUUCCCCAGGCGUCCAGGCCACCACGCACCCGUCCCCCGUGGCCAGGAGCCUGGAGACGCAGCCGGACACUGUCCCCUGCUCGGGGCCCCCCAGUGCUGACAGAGAGGCCCCGAGCCCCGGGGCGCCCCCUGUAAGUGCACAGCCCAGGUGGAAGCUGCCGGAACAGAAGUCCCCCACGGCCUUCAAGCCGUGCCCCCUGCAGCAGCCGCCGUCUCAGGCCACUUGCGCGGAGAAGUCCUGGGAGGCCAAGGCCCCGGAGGGGCGGCUGCGGAAGUGCGAGAGCACCGACUCGGGGUACCUGUCCCGCUCGGACAGUGCCGAGCAGCCCCUGGCACCCUGCAGCCCCCUGCACGGCCUGUGGGAGCAGGGCGCGCCAGCCGAGGGUGAGGGCACCCCGGGGCCCGGGGAGCGGGGCGCCGGCCUGGAGCUGGAGAAGCGGCAGCUGGAGGAGCGCAUCGCCAGGCUCAUCUCGCACAACCAGGCCGUGGUGGACGACCCGCAGCUGGACCACGUGCGGCCCCGCAAGACCGGCCUGUCCAAGCAGGGCAGCAUCGACCUGCCCACGCCCCACACCUACCGCGGCUCCUUCCACUUCGACAUCCGCGCGCGGGAGCCCGGCCGCCGGCGGCCCACGCCCCUCUGCCCCGCGCGCUCCACCCUCACCCUGCUGGACAAGGCCCGGCCGCUCUUCUUCCACUCCGUCCCCACCCAGCUGUCCACCACCGUGGAGUGCGUCCCCGUCACCAGGAGCAACUCGCUACCGUUUGUCGAGGGCACCAGGACGUGGCAAGAGCUGCGGGACCCCCAGGGCGCCUGUCCCCCGAGGCAGAAGCCGCUGAGCCCCAGGCCCACCCCCACCCCACUGGGGGGCAGCUCGGGGCUGACCUGGGUGGGUGUGCCCAGCGGUCACCCCCGGGCCCUGAUCAGACAGUCUGCCGUGGAGGACCGGCCGGGCACGCCCCCCGGGGACACGGCAGCCCCAGCGGAGGACUCCGAGGGCGCGCGGGCAGCUGGUAAGGGCAGGGCGGCCGCCAGGAAGUGUGGUGCGAGGAAGCUGCAGGCGUUCUCCCAGGACAAGUGGCAGGUGUACGGGAACGAGACGUUCCAGAGAAUCUACCAGAAAAUGAAGACCUGCCGCCCCGGAGGCAGGAAGGCCAAGGAGGCCAGAGCAGGUGGCAGGGCAGAGCCGACUCUUCCCCUCCAGGAAGAGGCCACGGGCCGCCCAGACACCCCGCCCCGGGAUGUCAGGACCCCUGUCUGCGGGGACACUCCGGCGGGAGCCACGCUGAGGCCUCGGGGAAGCCCACCGGCCUCAGAGGGCCUCGUGGGGACCGGGCUGCCCAAGCAGAGGGAGACUGCGGCCAGAGCGGGAGGUGGUGGCCAGACCAGAGUGGACAGGGCCGCGUCACCCCCCACCCUCUGCUGCAAAGAAGACCCUGGUUUGAGGAACGAGGACCCUCAUCUUUCUCCCCAUGGGCCGCUGGAGCUGGGGAGUCAACUGCGGCCAGCACCAGGUCCCCUCGACCCAGCGAGUCCCGGGCCAGUUCUGCCGGGUGCCGAGACGGGUGCUGGGAGGGAGGAGGCGGGCCGGCAGGCCCCGAGCACCAGGAGAGAGCAGGGCUGGGGCGCUGGGGAGCCCCGGCCUGCAGGGGACAAGCUCCCCUCUGAGAGGAAGAAGCUGAAGGUGGAGGAGCAGGGGAGCCAGGAGCAACUGGAGCCUCUGGGAGCAGGAGAAGCCCCCGGUGGGCCCACACAGGCCAUCUCCCUGCCAGCCGAGAGCCAGGACAGCCAUCUCAGGGAGAAGCCCGGGGGGCCGCGCGGGAGUGGCCGCAGCCCGACGAGGGACAGGGCUGUGCAGCCAGAUGUGCCCUCGGAGGCUGCUUCUUCUGUGGCCCUGAAGAGGGUGGAGCCAAGGGACAACGAGCCCCCACUGUAUGCUGCAGCAGCCACGCCCGAGCCCCGUUCCCCACUGACCCCCCAAUCUCAGGCUCCCAGUGGCCUCACCACCCAGGAAGACACUGCCUUCACCCCUAAAUACCUCCUCCGGCUACCUCAGGGAGAGACCCACCCACCCCUGCCUGUCCCCAGGAGCCCAGGACAAAGCCAGGAACCCCUCUGCAGGCGCAGAUGGCCUGGGGAGUGUCCAUCCUCUGCUCGACCAGGAGUGGGGACCCUCCUGUCUCCUGGUCCAGCCUCAGGCCUGGCCCCAGGAGGAGCAGACUGCUUGAACAAGAGAAUGGGGGUGCAGGGAGAAGAGAGGGGGGACACAGCAGACAUGAGCACCCCAGCAGCUGGGGAGCCUUUCAGCUCAGCUGCUGGGGCCCCCAGGGGGACAGUUUCCUUCCUGACCACCCCCUCUGACAUCCGACACCUCUGUAUGGGCAGCACUUUGUCAAGGGCCAGGCCCUCCGGGGAUGCCCUCCACUCCUGGGUGCCCAACCAGGAGCUGGGGGCGCCUCCUGGGAACGCCCUGGAAGACCCAACUUCAGGGCCCCUGGCAGGGCCCCGCCAGUGUGGCCAGCCCAGCUGGCCCGAGCCAGCCUCGUCUGCCCACUCAGGGACGCCCUGGGGCGGCGGGGCCCAGAGUCCUUUCCCCACCCUGCGGACCGAGCCCCGGCUCACGUGGUGCUGCCUGAGCCGCAGCCUCCCUCUGCCUGCGGAACAGAAAGGGAGGGCCGCCUCCGUGUACCUGGCCCUGCACGCCCCUGGCCGCAGCCUCCCGGACGAGGGUCGGGACACCCGGCCCGUGAGCAAGGCAGCGCCAGCGCGGGGAGGACAGACCAGCGCCAGCCAGGACGGAGGAGGCCCGGCACGGCCGCCCAAGGCAGGCGACAGCAUCGGUUGUGCCCCCGGCCCCAGCCAGGCGGGCCCCUCCCGCAGGCCAGCGCUGACUUUCUUCCGUCUCCUCGCGCCGAUGCUGGGCACGGACGUCUUCCGGGGAGGUCCCCAGCUGCAGGGGGAGUUGGCUUGUGCCACCUCAGAGCCGCCCCUUCGUGGUGGGCAUGGAGCGCGGGAGGACGGCAGCGGAGCCGGGCUCGGGAGCACUGCCGGGGCCGCGGGAGUGGACGCCACCGCGGCGGGGCUGAGGCGCGACACGUCCCCACCUGCUGGAGAUCGUGGUCCUCAGGACACAGCUGAGGCGUCGGGGUCACUGCUGCCUUCCACCCCUGGCUGGGCCGGGGCCCGUGCCAGCCUCCUGCCCCUGGGAAACGACCGCGGGGGGCGUCGGGGGCCAGACCCGACGGCACCCAGGGAUGGCGCGGCUCCUGCUGACCCCGGGCAGCCCACAGGGUUCCCCGCAGCCCUCGCGAGAACCAUCAAGAAGAGGAGUCUGGAAGGAAUGAGGAAGCAGACGCGCGUGGAAUUCAGUGACACCAGCAGUGACGAUGAGGACCGGCUGGUCAUAGAAAUCUGA